UAUUUCAUUGUUUAUAUGCUGGCGAAAAUGGAGGUUAUUGCAAGAGGCGAAGAGGUGAUACCCCGUACCUCUGCCACUACCAACGGCAAUGGAUGCUGUAAUGAAAAUCUUUUGGUGGAACAAAUCGAUAGGAUUCAGAUACAUACUGGCAAUAUUUCACACUGGAGCAGCUUGAAGCGCAAAUCAACGCAAAACCCAGCAACGGAGCUUCAAGAAAGUUUGAUCAAAGCCCUGAAACUCGCAGAGUCGCAGAAUUCGUGCACAAGAGUGGCAUUGCAGGGAAAAGAAAGGAUUUUCUGUAAGAAUGCAGCCAGUAUUGAGCCUGUAACUGAGACGGACAGACCACUCAUGAAAGUGACAGCAAAAGUGUUUGCUCAUGAUUUUGAUAAGGAUCAGCUUAGAGAAGCUGUCAAUGAAUCUCUCGCUGAACUCAACAUUUCACAGUUUGAUGUGAUUUUCCUGGCAUUUCCUGCUAUUCCUGAAGACUCGCGUUUGACUUUUACGGAAGUUGCUAAGCCAUUGUGGCGGGAAAUGGAGAAGCUUUAUGAGGAUGAGCUUGUUUCACAUUUGGCAUCUUGUGACCUUGAUGCUGGCAAGUUAAAAGAGCUUCUGUCUUGGGCAAAAAUUAAACCUGAAGUUAAUCAAGUGAAUCUUACCUCAUGUUGCCAUAUGCCACAGAAUUUGGUAGAGUAUGCCAAACAGCAAGAGAUUUUGCUUCACACACAUGGUGAUCCACCUACAUUGCUGCCAGAAGAAAAUGUUGACAGAAUUGUUGGUUCAUUUGCUGAGGACAGCAUUAAAGGAUGGCAGACCCGCUGGGUUGUGAGAUAUUCAGUUGUAGUGAAGUGCCGAGGGGUCAUCAGAAACAAAGGGUACAUUGCAUCUUUGCAACAUUCAAAAGAAGCAAACGGUGACGUUGACCACUGAGAAGAAUAUCCAAUUUUUAAAGUUGACUUUUUAGACAUAAAUAUGUAUUUGUAUAGAGUUAACUUAAUGAAACUUGUUGUAGCCUCAAACUAAAGUUUUAGAAUUAAAUAUAAUUUGAUUUGUCAGUUUAAGAAUUACUAAUAAAAUAUAUAUGCUUAAAUAAACUGCAUUACCUGUUUGUAAAAGUUGCCAUGUCUACCUAUGCUGUAAGUUGUUUUGUGUAUUUUAAGUAGAUAAUCAGGGGUCAGAAAAUGCUUUUUCAAAGUGCAA